AUGUCUCUUCUCUCUUCUCUCUCUUCUCUCUUCUCUCUUCUCGCUUCUCUCUUCUCUCUUCUCGCUUCUCUCUUCUCUCUCUCUUCCUUGUCCAGUGUCCUCUCUCUCUCUCUCUCUCUCUCUCUCUCUCUCUCUCUCUCUCUCUCUCUCUCUCUCUCUUCUCUCUCUCUCUCUCUCUCUCUCUCUCUCUCUCUCUCUCUCUCUCUCUCUCUAACUCUUAUGCUCCAUCAUUUUUUUCUCGUUUUUUUUUUUUUACUGUUCGCACUUGCCCCUGAGCGUCACGCCUUGAGCACUUAUGAACACCCAUCCCCUCUUCACACAGAUGUGCAGACGCCAUCUAUCCCCAGCAUUCGCCUCGAGGCCUCCACCUCUGCCAGCCAGCGCCGCUUUUCCAGUGCCAGCGACGAGGUCACCGUCCUCUACGGUGAUUGGGCUCAACCCCUCAAGCUCCAAAAUCGUCGCGUCUCCCUCUCCAAGCUUGUCACUGCCUUUGAUCUACCGGUGGACGCUCGCAUUGAGCUCCAUGGUGAUGGCGGCACCCACCUCCCCACCUCGGAUCAACUUGUACCCGGUACUGCCUACGAUCUGGUCGUUCGCCGCUCGCGCCGGCUGCGAGGCCGUGACAAUCGUCCCCAAACCAUCGCCAACCUGUCGCCGCUGCAGUCGCGCUUGCUACAUGGCUCGUUUGGCUCGGAUGACCCCACCAAGUUUGAUCGCGUCUGGGAAAAGUACCGGCAAGACCUUGAGCCGGAUGGCACUUCUCCCAUUCGCAUGCGCCGAUCCUCCUCCAUGUCCACACUCAAUGAGGGCAGCCUGGGCCGCAAUUCGCGGGCCUCCACCAUUUCUGGCAGCCAUGCCCUCAGAGAGCUGCGCCUACGGCUACACAAGGUUGCUCGCAAAAAUGUCAGCGAGAACCUCAUGCACGUUGACUACGAGGCUAAGCGCACAACCACACUUCGUCCGCGUCAGCGUGGUGACUACGGUCUGACUUUACGAAAGCUCCAGGUGCACAAGCAGCAGCUGGUGUACCCGCGCACAUCGGAAACAACGAGCGUGCCUGGUGGACCAGAAAUCAGACUUUUUUUCAAGAAUCAAAGCAAUCGCAUCUCGCGCUUGGGAAUCAUGGAUGAUGAUAUUUCAGGUCACGUCUUUGUGGCCAGCGUCGAUGCUCAGCAAGCAUCAGCGGCCGAGGUUUCGCCCGUGUCGCGCCUCACCGUGGAGGAAGUCGAGAUGAUGCUCCGCGAUGCCACCGGCACUGUCAUCCUUGAGAUCAGUCACAUCAAGCCAGAGUCCACCGUGGAGUCUAUUGACGAGUAUCCAGCACCAAUGGCGGAAAGCAAUCCAUCCUCGCCACCAGGUGUUUCCCCUCGGCGGUCGACCGAACAUUUCCAGGACCUUCUCAGACAGCCUUCGGCCGAGCCAGCAGACAAGGUCGAAGAAGGGGAUGCCAUGCUCAACACCGGGCUCAAGAUUGUUCGCGUGGGUACGCUGCAUGUCAAGCACGUGCUUGACUCUGGGGGCCGUAAAUUCAAGAUGCGGCCCUGGCGCACUUAUUUUGCAACGCUGCGAGGCCACCUGCUGUUUCUCUACUCGCCCAAGGACAAGACCGAGAAGGCCCAAGGCGCAGCUCCCUCUGGUGGUCGUAUCAGCAUCAAGGGCUCCAUCUGCGACAUAGCCCACGCAUACACAAAGCACCCCAACGUUUUUUACAUCAAGGCCUUCAACGGUUCAGAAUCCCUGCUGCGCGCUGACACCCGUGAGGAUAUGCUCAAGUGGAUCCAAGCCAUUCAGGCGCAUAGCAACCCGGACCAAGACUUGGUUCCAAGCCACGCCUUUAUCAAGAAGAUGACCGAAGACCGCCGUCUCUCUCGCCGGGCAUCGGGCUCUAUGCUUCUGCCCGGAACGGCAAGCCGAAGCCAGCUCUUCAAAACUAAUCGUCCCUCGGCCAAAGAUCUGAUGGCUGGUAGCAAUGGGGGCAGUGGUGCCAGCAGCGCCGGCAGUGGCAAGAAGCUGCUGCGCAUGACCUUUAAGCGUGGCGACAAGUCAACCAAGGAAGGCAUGCUGGAUGAUCAGCUUGACAUCUUCACGGCCCCGAUCGCGACGACCUGUGCGCGCUACGGCACGCAGGUGCCAAUUCAUUUAACGCGGUUGAUUGAUGAAUUGGAGCGUCGAGGUCUGCAUGAGGAUGGCAUUUAUCGCCACGCGGGUAGUCAAUCACAGCUGGAGAACUUGAAGCGCGCUAUCAUCCGAGAUCCAGUAAACUGCCCACUCGAUGAGGAUGCGUAUGCUGAUACCCACGUGUUGGCCGGCACCAUCAAGUUUUAUCUCCGCACUACGACUGAACCUCUGCUCACGGCUUCUGCUUAUGAACCCCUGAUGCAGGCCAUGAAGGGGGCCGAUGAGGAUCGGGUGGCCUCCGUGGCCGUCCUAUUGGCGACCCACAUGCCCCUGCAUCAUCGACUGACACUCGACUUUUUGUUGGCCCACUUGGAGCGAGUGGUCAAGCUGAGCGACGAAAACCGCAUGUCUCUAACCAACAUUGCCCUGAUUUUUGGGCCUACGGUCGUCCGCCCCCUGGUUGAAACCCCGAUGACCAUGCUGCAUCACAUGUCGCACCAGAACAAGUUGAUGGAGCUGCUGAUUGCCCAUCGCGAGACCGUCCUCAGUGGCGUGGCGGAGCUUGAUGAAGACGCCGAUGGGCUGCAAGUCAUGACCCCAGAGCCGCAGGAGGUUGAGGGCUUUGAAAGCAGCGAUGACGAGGCAAGCGAUGUGUCGGGCAUGGAGCCAGGUUUUGGGGCGCUCAAUCUGCGCCAUGAUGCAUACCAGCGCCACUCGCGUCGACAACGCCUCGAGCCCGCAGCUGAUUUCGGGGAGGCUUCCAGUGACCAUCUUCAAGCGUCAUGGGGCGCCCGGCCCGCCUCGGCGCCACCGUCGCCCAACUCGGCACGCGAACAAUUUUCGCGUGUGGCCCUCAGCGUCGAUAUUACGUCGAGCAGUGACGAGAGUGCAGACGAGAGUGCAGACGAGUCUGAUGAUGAAUCGCCCGACCAAGACGAGGGCGGCGCAGCCACACAGCGGGAUGAAUACGUAGAGGUCGAGGGAGAUGCGGUGCCGGCGCCAGCCACUCCUUCCAAGUCCGCAAGCCUCUCCGCAUCUCCCUCUGGAUCCCGGCCGAGCAGUGCUGAACACCCCAAGCCAGACCAAAGCCCCACGGCCAAUCGCUUGCUUGACGAGGCCGCGGCUGUUUUUCAGCCCUCUGACUCGGUCAGGAGCGCUGAGGGGCCUGUGGAAGGAGACAAGGUCACUGUGACCGAGCUCAACGGUAGUGGGGCACGGAGCUCGCAAGUCCCGCGACGUGAUUUGACACGCAUCUCACGGGGCAGCGUGGACAAUCUCAACCUGAAUGCUUUGUUGCGGUCAUCCAGCCACGCCGAGGCGCCAUUGCGCAACGCGUCCUCGAUGCAUACCCUUGAUCGUCACCAAAGUUCACCCUCACAGACUCAGUCCAUCCCGUCAUCCCCGGAUCAGAGCCCUUCGUUGCGUACCUCGAGCCUGGGGCAAUCAUCUCCGCGCAGCCGAGUGAGCAAGUUUUUUGGACAAGAAACUGUUAUUUGA